GGGGGCGCGUCUGCAGAGGGAAGCGGGUUUCAAUUUCAAACCCAAACAGUCCGAGGGACGAGUCAGUGUAUUGUGGGAUAAGGUGUAAACCAAACAUUUUACAGCGUUCAAGUAGAAUUUGUAACGUUAUUUAAACACACACCAGAACGGCUUUGCUACCGCCGGUCGUGGUUAGAGUCCACAGAAUCCGCGAAAAAAAAAAAAAGUCGCCCGCCGCGUCUUCGCUCCAGUUUUCCGCGCCUGGUCAAUUUGGAUGACAAACCGACGCUUGGCUUGUUUUUUGCAGGUGUUGGCCAAUCCGGGUUCUGUACCACAUUAAAACUACAACUGUGUUUUAAAUACACAUACAUCGGACAUAGCAAGCCAUUUCUGCAAGAAACAUGCCGAGGUCCAACAGGCAAAAGGAAUACAAACCUGGUGAUCUUGUAUUUGCCAAAAUGAAGGGGUAUCCACACUGGCCAGCGAGGAUCGACGAGUUACCUGAAGGAGCAGUGAAAUCGCCCUCAAACAAAUACCAAGUGUUCUUUUUUGGAACACAUGAGACGGCAUUCCUGGGGGCCAAGGAUUUGUUCCCAUAUGAUGAAUGUAAGGAGAAGUUUGGUAAAGCAAACAAGAGGAAAGGCUUUGCUGAGGGACUCUGGGAGAUUGAGAACAACCCCACUGUCACACAUGAAGGCUACGAGUCAUCGAAGAAGGACAACACAUCAGAAGGAGCAGGGGAUACAGGUAGUUCGGAGAAAGCAGAUGCCGAGGGCAGCAGUGAUGAGGAUGAAGGAGCCCUGGUCAUCGACGAGAAGAACGAGAGGGGGGGAACCAAACGAAAAGCAGAGGAGUCCACAGAGGCAUCUCCCAAGCGGCCGAAGGACACAGGAGCAGAAGGUGACUCUAAAGUAGACAGCAGCAAGUCCAAUGCAGAGGCCAAGCUCAACGAUGUGGCUGGACCCAAGGCAACUGCUCCCUCCUCACAGAGCGAGUCAAAACCAGAGGCCCAGGAAAAUGCUCCAGCAGGAGGUCAGCUAACAGCAGAUAAGCCUGUGACAGAUAGUGCUUAACAUCAACUCACAGAAGAAAACCAAGAACCUUUGACGCUUUUCUCUGGAAUUUAAGCAUCAACAUGAUUACCUGCAGGAUGCCAGAUUUCAGCUGUUUAAUUAAUAGGAGAGUUUAAAAUUAAAAAAAAAAAAACUAAGUGUUUGUAUUGAGAGACAAGCAAAUCCUCAUUUGCCAUUUUUUGGGAUAUCAUAUAUCCCAGAAACAAAAAGUUUGCUAAUCUGAUUUCAAACAAUUGAACUGAGCACUUUAAGGCUCAUUUAUAAAUGGGAUUUUGGUGUGUAUAUAUUUUUUAUUUCUAAGUGCAAUUACAUAAUUACAAAGACUAAAUGCUAGGUGUCAAAACAUUUUUUUCAGUUUAGGGGGAAUAAACACUGAAUACGUAUAUAAUAAAUUAAAUUAAAAAAAGAAAACAUUUAAACAAAAAAAAAACGUAUUUGACAAAGGCUCCCAUAUGAUGGUUUUAAACGUAAAUAUUGUACAGGAAAAAGAACAAAAUUUCACCCACUCUCUCAGCUUUAGUUCAUAAAUGACACAUUUUACUUUGUUUUGCCUAGCUUCUCAGCCUCAUCUAAAUCAUUUAUUCACUCGUUGGACAUAUGAGUUGCACUUUUUUUCCCCCCACUGCCCCAUUAGUCUUUGACUAGUUCACUAUGAUAUUUUUUAUGCAACACAGGUUUUGUUGCAUUGUAGUGUGCUUCAUUGCAGGUGACCAAAAUAUGUGAUUAAUUGCACAGGAUCCCACAUGUGGCCUACUUGGCUUUUGAACUUAUGGAAUAGGUAAACCCCAUUUGAGAAAAACUGUUUUAGGAUGUAAACAGUUGCUUUGUAAACCCCUCUAUGACCCCUCUGUAAUCUUUCACUGAUGAUAUGCAUUAUUGAAAGCAGAAAGACAUUCCUGAAUGUUAUUGUGUCUGAGCUCGGUCUUGAAACAUUUCAAGUCAAGGUAGGUAAUGGCAUUUGUGAAGGGAAAAAUUAAUAGUCGCCACUUCUUUCUGGGGAAAUUAUCUGGCAAACUCUUUCAAAACCAUCAAGUUAACUCUCCGUUUUAUGUUAUAAUUUCACAUUUAGCUCACAUUAAUGCUGCCAUUGCUUGAUACUGGAGAUUGGAGAUUUAAUUGUGAAGAACACUUGAUUGCAUUCAGUAAU